AUGGCGACCAUGUUUUGUUUAUUAGCAAGUUUUACCGCCUCUUAGAGACUCAGAUUCUUGUCACACGAUUUCUGAUCUGAAAAAGAUUCAUUAGGAUGAUGCUGCCCUCACUUUCAAUGUAGUGAUUAGUAUUCUGGAAAACCAUUAGUACACAACAAUGGUGUGGGGAAGAAUGACGAAGCACAUAUUGAAGAAGAAGAAGCACAGAGCUGAUACAUUCUCGUAGCCGCCAGUCCCGCCACUAUGUUGUUCAUCGUCCCGUCAAAGAGAGAGAGGAAAUCUAUCUGUUUGCACAGGACAUGCAACUUUUGUACAAACCAGUCCACACACAUCGAUGUCAACCCAUAUCAUCAAAAUAUGGCAGAUCGAAUCAUUGAUCUUCCUAAUUCAAUCCAUACAAUACCGGGGUGUGUUUGAUGCUGACAUCUACAUGAGCCUCACCAUAUUAAGUGACUUCGAGAACGGUCAAAUUGACCCAUGGAUUGAGCAGUCGGAGUCUGGUGUCAAGUGGAGAGUCGAGAACAAAAUUUUGCCUUGGGAGCCAGGAAAUGUGGCUCCUACACCGACCAACGGAUCGACUUAUCUCCGAGUUGAUCGUGGAUCGACUUUGUCGUUCGGUGUGGCUGUUCUGCGCAGUCAGACCUUCACCCUUGGGUCUGACACCGAAGUUUCCUUUUCAUUCUCCUUUUGGAUUCGUUCUAAAUGGCCACAAUUCACAAACUUGGAGUUGUAUCUGGCCAGAAACGGAAAUGAAGGUUUGCUUUCAAAUUUGUUCGAGCAUUCCCAUAUCAACAAUCGAGUUUGGCAGUCUCAGACCGUUUCAAUAACGGACGAUUCAUCCUCUAAUUUGACGUUGGUGUUUUACGCUUAUUGCGGGACGAAUGCUGAAGAUGCUGUCGCCAUCGACGACCUCCGUUUCAUUUCUUCUCAAGAGUCUUCGUCAACCACAUCGACUACACUGACCAAAACUUCUUCAUUGACGACUGCUACUCCAGUGACUUCAUCUACCACAUCGACUGGAACAACUCUGUCCACCACGUCCACCACGUCCACCACGUCCACCACGUCCACCACGUCCACCACGUCCACCACGUCUACCACGUCUACCACGUCUACCACGCCAACAACCUCGACAUCUUCAAAUGAUUUUGAAUUGACGGAGAACUCAACGGGUCCUAUUACUUCUACAAUAAGCACGGAAAUCCCUGAAACAUCAACGUCGGGUACGGAAACCGUUGAAACAUCACCACCAGCCAUUACAACCACAUCUGCUACUCCUUUACCAACCACCAGUGAUCAAACUACAACCGUUACAACUGAAGAAACGACAACAGAGGAGCAAUCGACAGGGAUUACGUCAGCAGGAUCGACUGAAUUUACCGACAUAACAGACGCUAUAACAACGACCACCGAACUCGCAACAACUAUUCCAGAAGGAGAAGAUUGUCCAUCGUAUUUGAAAGGAAAUACUAAACUGCCUUGCUGGACCUUGGGUGGGAAAUGUUAUUGCUUUUUCACCGACGCCGUCGGCAAGAAUUGGAUAUCCGCGGAUACCUUUUGUAAAGAUGAAGGUAUGGGUUUGCUCAGUCUUGAAACUGUAGAGGAGGACAAGUUAAUUUACGACCAUAUCAAAAUUACACCAGAGUUGAACAGCGUCAGCUAUUGGACUUCAGGGAUGUAUUCCCUGGAUGGAGAAAAAAUAUGGGAAUGGGCAUCUACAGAACCCUUUCAGCCGUUCACUUACGUGAAUUGGAGUCCAGGCCAACCUGAUAACAACGGACCGGGUUAUUGCCUUCACCUUGAUUUAAUCAAAACUUUUAGUGCUGGUUAUUGGGCUGAUAUAUUUUGCACUAAUUCUUUCAGAUUCAUUUGCGAAUCAAUUGAUUAACUUGGUAAAAUCCAGAUGUAAUAAAUAGAUCUGCAAUUAUUUAUUUAUAUAUAUUUUUCGUGUAAAAUUUUUUUUAUAUCAGUGUGUUAUCAAUUCGAAAUUUAUACGAAAAUAAAAAUACACCAGCAAUCAGCA